AUGCUUUGGAGUGCAUUAGGAUAUCCUUCCCGAUCUAUGCACCCACCAGUUAAAAUUCGCCCAAACAAAUCUGCCCCAAAUAAAAAGUCGACUGGGCCAGAUUAUGUUGCUCGGUAUUGGGCUGGUCGGUAUACUGCCAGUAAUAUUAGGAGCAAUUUCUGCAUCGGUUAUGAGACUAGGAAACUAAAUGUAUUUGGGAACUAA